AUGGCUAUCACUGACCCCAUCGUCGUUUCAAAAUCUUUGCCAACCAUUUACCUCGAUCUCCUCCGAGCCGAGAAUGAAGCAGAGAGCAAGAAGUUGCUCGACGCUUGUCGAAACUAUGGGUUCUUCUAUCUCGAUUUGACCAGCGAUCCAGAGUUAUGCAAGCUCUGGGAUGAAAUGCUCCUAGUGAUGAAGUAUUACUUUGAACAGUCGCUUAAAGUUAAGAUGCAGGACGCUCGAGGGGAUGACAAUUUUGGUUAUGAGGGUAUGGGUACCGAAGAGGGCCCCAAGCCAAAAACAAGAGACGGCUACGAAUCUCUCAAGAUUUCCCGUCGAGAAUUUCUCAAAGGCUCGACUGACCUUACUUCCUCGGUCCGCUCCCAAUCAGAUGUCUUCUUCUCAUUUAUCAAAGACGCUCACAAUAUCACCCUUAUGAUUCUCUCGCGUCUCUCAACUCAGCUAGGCCUCACCGGCUCCAAGCGGUUCGAGUCCUAUCACGCCGACCCUGUGGCAGGAGUGACCUCGCUUUCAACACUUGGCAUGUUGCGCUACCCAAAACACGAAGAAGGCACCGAGCCCACUAGAGUAGGCCACAACAAGCACACUGACGUUGGUACUCUCACCUUCUUGCUUGCUAGACAAUGGGGUCUUCAAUUCCUCUCCCCGGUUACUAAACAAUGGGAAUUUCUCGAGCCCCGGGCUGGCCACGCCAUCAUCAACGUCGGUGACAGUCUCCGCUUUCCAUCUGGGGGAGAGCUAGCGAGUGUUGUGCAUCGCGUCGUUCCGCUCAAGCAAAGACAAGACGUGGAUCGGUAUAGCAUUGCAUAUUUCUUGCGCCCGAACGAUGAUGUGAAAUUCAGUGACUCAAACGGAAAGGCUUGGACGGCAAAGGAGUGGCACGAUUUCAAGUUCAACGUAUUCAAGAGUCCAAGUACCUUGGAUGCGAAUGGGCAAUUUUUGACGGGUAUGAUGGCGGAGAAUGAUAGGUUCGUGGAGCGUGAUAGUAAGAUUUCUGUUGCGGUAUAA